UUUGAUCCAACUACUUGCACUAUAGAAGGUAGCAAGGAGACUAGUUCAGGAUUCGGAUUACAUUAUAGAAAUGGCAUCAAUCACCGUGACUGCCCCAAUCCUUGGCUCCACUACCAUCACCAACCGUUCAGUGGUGGCAACACAGAGGGGACUCAUAGUAAAAGCUUCCAAAGCAGUUGAAGGGGAAAAGAUGGUAAGUUAUGACAAUGACAAGGACGGUAUCCAUGGAAGGAGGAACUUGAUUUUUACGGCAGCGGCGGCUGCGGUUUGCUCGGUUGCUGGGAUUGCGGUGGCGGAUGAUGAGCCUAAACGUGGUACCCCAGAAGCCAAGAAAAAGUAUGCCCCUGUUUGUGUCACCAUGCCAACAGCUAGGAUUUGUCGCAAGUGAGGGUCUUGGGUUAUGAUUUACUUUGCUUAUUGGAAGUGUACAAUGGGGUUGUAAUGUUUUGAUUUCAUGUGAUCCUCACUGUACUAGUUGUUCAUAAAACCAUCAGCUUUGCCUUGUCUCUUUGAUGUCGCAAAUUUAAUGAUCAGCCAAGGAAUUAGUUAAUAAAUUUUCAUAAUCUCACAAUUUGUUUUUUGUU